CUUUAAACGGAGGUAAGAAAAUAAGGUGAAUUUCGUGGCGGCCCUGUCUGCGAGCGAAGGAUACGGAAGUUUAACUUGGCGGCCCAGUUCGUUACCCGACUUUAUUCUCGGGUUCGAGUCGAGUAAUUUUAAACCGCUUUCGACAAAUCCCUAAUUUUUUUGAUUCCGGGUUAGUCCGACCCAAUCAGAGCUUCUUCUUCUUCUCUCUCUCUCUCCUGUGAGGAAUGGGUUACAGCGACGAUGCAGAAGAGCUUUUGAAGCGGAGACCGAGGAAGAUGGCGUAUCUCGGAAACCCAUCUCGCAGGCAAUUUGAAUCGCAGAGGACGUUCCUAUACCCUAAUGGGAGAAAUGAGUUAUAUGCAAGACGAAGAUAUUUCGUUAGACGCCAUACGAGCUUGAUGGACAAAUGUUCUCAAAAGGCAUAGCGAGUUAGCAGAGCGUCUUUCUAGGCAUUUUAGAUGCUUUGGCCUCACCCAAAUGGAGUUCAGUUGUCCCUUGAUUAUCUAAAAAAUGGAUGCCAACAAGAUAAUUUAUGAGCGUCUACAGAAGGAAUUUGAAGAUGCACGGGCUUCACAAACUCAAGAGAAUUAUUUGGAAGGUGAACGAUGGACUACUGGCUACAAUAAGAGAGCGGGUGACUUCUUGUUUGGAAGGCGCAAGAAUUGGCAAACUCUAUGAGAUAUCUUAUGCUGGAGAAACUUGUGACUUAUACCAUUGUGUGCUUGAGAGUAAGUCAUUUCUUGAGAAGAUGACAGUUCUUGAACACACCAUUCCGUACUUUUUGCCGAUACGAGAAGUGGAAAAUGGUCUUCUUUCCUCCAAUGCUAUGAAACUUAUAGAUUACAUUGGUGAGAUUUUACAGGCUUAUGUGGACAGAAGGGAACAAGUAUGCUGCUGGCUUAUGUAAACAAAAAUGAAUUUGUAUUUACUAAAAUAUGGUUGGGUUAAAUGCCUUUUUGCCAAAUGUUGAAGAGCUAAAUAUAUGCUUGCCAAGGAGUUAUAUGGGAUUCAGAUCAAAGAAAUUCAUUUUACCCUUCCCUACAGCUUAAUUGUCUUUUCCAAACUUGAUUUUGAUUUGUUGGUGCUUUUGUUCCCCUGCAUAGACUCUGUUUUUGGAUAUUUAUGUAUCAGUGGAAUAAUAUUUUGAUGUGCUAAACAUCUUCGUAACUAUAUGUCAGCGUAUUCAUAUUCCUUGCCGGUCCCUUUUAGAGUUCUUGUAUGAGUUUGUGUGGUUGAGUGUCAUAUGGGUAGCAGGCAUGAUUAUAUAUCCUUAAAAGUAAAUGUGUUUCCAUCAUCCUGAAGAACGUUAUUUUCCUUUUGCAGUAAGGUUGUUGUGAAGCUUAAAUAUGCAGAGCUUGUUCCCGUGCUUUCAAAUCAUGUCAGUGUGGUAGCAUGGCCAGUGUGUCAACCCAGAAAAAGCAGUCCAAAUAUAUCAUCCAUGAACAAAAAGGAAAACGGAACAUUGGAAGGUCCAACUACCCUCUUCUAUGCAGAGGAUGCCUUGCGAACUAUGAGCUUAACGAAAGGUAUUCUUUCUGGUUGGUGACCUUUUUACUUGCUUACUGCUGCCAGUAUAAGUGAGAUUUAAAACCUUGAUGAACUUCCCUCAACACUAUGACCUGAUGAUACUCGGCAUAUUCUGAUUAAUUUUUUGGCCUAGGAUUACGUUUGAGAUAUAACAAAACCAAACCGUUGCAACUUUAAUUCUAAUUUACCUCUGUUCUCCCCACAA